UCUGUGAGUGCGAGUCAGCUGAUCAGUGAGAGUGAUCCUCUUGUCAGGUUACACUGCGAGAGCAUCCGAGCUUGUACAGUUCUUCGCUACGAUUGAGGAUUUAUUUGACCCAGAGACUUUACAUAGUUCUCGAUUUGGUAGCAGGAGAGGAAAAGGAACAUGUUGAAGCCACGGACCCUUACCCAGAUCUUGAGUCAGGCCAACACAGGCGGUGUGCAAAGUGCAUUAUUACUGAACUUGGAAGGAGCAUUGUUGGCUUUCAGCGGUUAUGGUGAUCGUGAUGCACGUGUCACAGCUGCAAUUGCAAGUAAUAUUUGGGCUGUAUAUGAUAAGAAUGGCCGUAAUGCCUUUUCAGAAGACAGACUAAAUAUGGUCUUGAUGGAAUGUGAGGAAGGAAAAGUCUGUGUCACUCAAGUAGCAAAUCUCCUGCUUUGCAUAUAUGCCAAAGAAAAUGUUGGGUUUGGUCUACUACGAGCCAAAACACAAGCCCUUGCAAAGUACCUGGAUGGUCCAUUACGCCAAGUUGCUGCAGCCUGACGUCCUUUUUGAUGCUAGGUUUAAGUUUCAAAUAGGUUUUGCAGCCUUUGCCCUGAUAAUACUUUGUAUAGGGCAUUGUAUUAAACAUACUAUUAAUUUGAUUAAACAAAUUUUACUGAGCUUUUUGAAUCUUAAGAGAGGUUACAGUACAAUCAAUUUUGAAACCAGAAAGUCUGAACAGAAGUAUCUGAGUGUUGUGUUUGCAUAGUUAUUUUGUAUAAUUUAGGAUUGAGUCAGGAAGACUAAGUAUGGCUGUAUUUGAAAGGCAUUGUUAAUAAAUACACUUAUAGAUUUUAUUUAUGUUUCUGCAUCAUCAAAUAAAGUCUCAUAAUUGUA